AACCCCAAGUGGGACUCUCCGAUACUCAUGCUCUUAGUCUUCCAAGUUUAGAAAUCUUUAGAUGAUUCAAGGACUCAAAAAGAGUACCCAAAGUAAACGAACCUCGCAAAGUUGUUCAGUCCGUACAAACCGAAACUCUGUUCUCUUGUGUGUACACGAAACACACAGAGAGAGGUUUUGAUUGUGAGACUAUAGAGAAUGGAGCCAAUCGACGAAGAAGACACUUUUCUCGGCAAGUAUCAGCCAUCGGAACUUAAGAUUGCUUCGGAAUUUCUAACGACUUGGUUACCUUUCUUAUCAAGAGAUCUCUGCCAUGGCUGCGUCCAUGUUCUGUCCGAUCGGAUCCGUUCUCUUGACUCAGAGCAUUGUAGCAACAUAGAGACGGUUACUAGAGAGGAUUCUGAUCCAAUUAUGAAAAAUAUGGAAUCUGAAGAAACCAAUCAUGAUAUGGACGACGAAUGUGAUGUGAAGUUCUGUGAUUCUUACUCAUUAGGUAGUUUGAAAGCUUCUGAUGAAACUGCGAGUCCUCCUAAAACGUCUUGGGCUGAUAUGGCACAAGAGGACGUGCUCGAGGAGGAGGAAGAAGAGAAGCAGAGCGAAUCAGGUGCACAGGACGUUGAUGUGUCUACUUCCAUUGGAGACUCGACGACGAAGACUCUCGAGAAGCGUAAGUUGUCUAGGGAGGAAAGAGAGCAGUACCGGUUUAGGAACGUGAAGAGAAUGAAAGUGUUUACUUGUUUCGAGAGAGUCGAAGGAAAACGCGUUAAUAUCCUCGAGGGACUUGAAUUGCACACCGGCGAUAUUCUCUUUGGAUCAAAUCUCAAAAUCCUUGGUCCUGGUGAAUUCUCCGGUUCCUACUCUAUACCGCUCCCCGUCGGGAAAAUGGACGAGUCGAAAAGACCGGUCGGGUUCACACCGGAACCUGAUUUGCAGGGGAUUAAGCCGUUGCCAUACGAACAGACAGCUCCGAGUACUCCUGCUGCUGCAUCCAUUAGCGGUUCUUCUUCAAGAUCCAGUAAUGGUCAUCAAGAUGGUGGUAGUAACAACAAUCAAGGUGCACAUAGAGAAGGAAGCAGGCGAUAUGGGUCGAGAGGUUAUCGUUCUGAGAGUCGAGAGUUUAGGUCAUCAUCAAGCCAAAGUAGAGGAAACUCACGGCCUGAUCCUAAGACCAAGGUUAAUACUACCAGCUCCGAUAACGUUGAAAUCAAUGUUUGA